AUGUCAUCUAUAGCCCCUGCUUUGACAAAAGAACAAGUAGCCGCUGAAGUGGAGGAAGAAUGGAUUCCAGGCACGGUACAUCUGGUAGAUGUUGACAAAUCGUUAAAUGUCAAGCACAACGGCGAUUCCGAUCUAGUUCUGAUUCCCCAACCAUCGGAUGAUCCCAACGAUCCACUUAGAUGGUCAAAAAAGAAGAAGUGGGGUCAAUUCGGAAUUUUGUGGUUUUGGUCUUUUUUCACGGCCGUUGCUACUAAUUGGUCGGGUCCCGCGUGGACUGAUUGGACAAUUGUAUUCAACACCACUUACACAAAAUUGAACGACACCUCAGCCGUCGGGUGGUGUUUCCUGGGAAUCGGAUGUUUUGUUCUUCAGCCAGUUGCAAUGAAAUUCGGUAGAAGAGGUGUUUAUCUGUUUGCAAGUUUAUGCCAACUACUUGGGAAUAUUGUAGGUGGAAAGGCAUCAGGGUUGGGUUACUUAUAUGGUGCAAACAUCAUGACCUGUUUUGCUGGCUCACCAGGUGAUUCCUUGAUUCAAAUUUCGACUACAGAUGUGUUUUUCCAGCAUGAGAGAGCAAACAUCAUUUCAUUGUUCACAUUUUCUCUUUACUCUGGGAGCUACCUGGGCCCCAUUGCUGCUGGUUAUAUUGUUGAAUCUCAGGGCUGGAGAUGGUGUUAUUGGUGGUUGGUUAUCUUUUUUGGUGUAGUCUUUGCAGUGCAGAUUUUUUUCAUGGAGGACUCCACCUUUGUCAGAACUGAAAGCAAAGAACAAGAGAUUGGUGUCAUGACUCAGAUAAUAUCCAGAACCUCGCAGGCAGUUGACGAAUCAGACGAAAAUGAAAAGCAGCCCAAAGCAGUGAUUGGCGAAGAAGAGAUCAAGCCGUUGCCCAAAAAGAGAUCCUACAGGCAAAAACUGAAGGUUAUUGAACGCGAAUACAACGACAAGAGACCAAUCUAUGUAAUUUUCUUGAGACCACUACUGGCUUUAGGAUUGCCUGCUUUCGUCUGGGGUGGUUUGGUUUACGGAGUCCAGGUAAUGUGGCUCUCCUUGCUUGCUACUACCCAAUCCGAGUUCUUCUCAUAUGCACCUUACAACUUCAGCGCUGCAGCUACAGGAGAUACUUAUUUUGCCUCUUUGAUUGGUACCUUCCUUGGUACAUUCUGGGGUGGAAAUCUGUCAGAUAUGUUUGUUGCUUGGAAGGCGAGAAGGAACGGGGGAAUUCUGGAACCAGAAUACAGAUUGUGGUUUAUUCUUCUGCCUGCGGUUAUCAAUUCUGCUGGUAUUCUUAUGUAUGGACUUGGAAUCAAUGCGGGAGUACAUUGGAUUCUUCCCGGUGGGUUCGGAAUGGCAUUCAUGGGAUUCGGAAUUGGCUCCGCUGGUGCAUUGACUAUCACUUACUCAUUAGACUGUUAUCCAGACAUGCAAAGCGAGGGGUUAGUGCUUAUGCUGUUUUUGAGAAACAUGAUUGGCAUGGGUUUCACAUUUGCUAUUCAACCUUGGCUUGAUCGCGAUGGAAUGUCCACAACCACCUGGUUAAUGUUCAUGCUUUCCAUGAUUUUCAACUUCAGUUGCUUGAUUUUCAUCAAGUGGGGCAAAUACUACCGAAAGCAGACUAAACAGUUUUAUCUGAAAUAUUCAGACAAAAACAUUCUCUGGUAG